AUGAAAAAAUUCUUAAUUUUUUUGAUACUAAUUGUUUUGUGUUUAUCAAAAGCAGGCGAUUGCACAAAUGCCUAUUGUGGAGCUCAACUAAAAGCUUGUAAAAACGGAGGAAAUUGUGAUUAAACUGCUGCAAAAUGUGCUAAUGAAUUUAAAAAAUAUGUUCAUCGAGCAUAAAAAUCUGGGUAAUAUAAGGGAACUGAAGCUGGCUAUCAAGAUGUAACGCGUUUUAUAAUUUUAGUUUACGUAUUGUAUGAGUACUAAUUCGGCAGCUAAAAGUUUAAAUAGUUGCAGUAAGCAACAUUGCAGCAAAGUACUUUAUGAAGAGAGUAUUAGAAUAGAUGAGAUUAUUUAGUCAUUUUGA